CUAAAUCUAUCCCUCCCUUUAUAUUCUUCUCCAUAUUCCCUCACAUUCCUUUGUUCUCUGAUAAAAAACAAAGGAAUCAAAACAUGAAGACAGGCAGCCUUUGCGAGCUUUGCAAAGAAGAGGCCUCCGUUUACUGCUGGGCAGACUCUGCUUUUCUGUGUUGGAACUGCGAUCACAAGGUUCACCACGCCAACUUCCUUGUCGCUCGUCACGUCCGUUGUAUUCUCUGCUCGAAAUGUAAAUCAGUUUUUCAAUUCGACCCUUUAUGGGGGCAAUCUUCUCAUCAUCUUUGCAAUGCUUGUUCUUCUGAAAGACCCACUUUUUUUUCUCCUUCUCCUUCCUCUGAUUCUUCGUCUACGAGUGAAUCUUCUUCCAACGGUGUUAGACCCAAAAAGGUACGUGAAUCUUCGGAUUCGGAUGCUAAUGGUUUCGAGGGUGUAUUCACGGUUUGGUGCAAGAAGUUAGGGUUGAAACGGAACUCCGUUGCGGCGACGGCGGCGUCGGCGUUGCGGUUUUGUUUAGAGCGGUUGAAGGGACUGCCGUUUAGGCUUAGCGUGGCGGCUGCGUUUUGGUUCGGGCUGAGGUCGACGCGGGACACGGCGUUGACGUCGCGACGGAAUCUAUGGAUGAUUGAGGAGUUGUCCAGCGUGCCGGGUAAGGUGAUCGUGGCCGUGGAGCAGAGGCUGGCACGUGCGAUGAGGUUGAGGAAGAGAAUUAGACCGGACUUCGAAGAAGGAUGGGCCGAAUCGCAUGUGUAAGAAUGAAGAUGAAUUCCGCUUUUGUUCUUCUUUGUAUUUUUACUACUAGUUUUAGAAUUUUGUUUUAAUUAGAUUAAGUUGUUUUUGUACUAUGGAAAGCACACAUUAAAAAUGCAUGUAAAUUAUACAACUCGAACCCAAAAAGUUGGAGAGAUGAGCAGCCUCGGGUUCAAAUAAAUAAUUAAA